GGGCUCCCUGCCACAAUGCUAACGGUGAACAGGCUGGAGGAAAUCAACACCUGCUACAGCAGCACCAGGCUGGGGGAAAUGGCCUUUUUUCAGUGCAUGGAAAAGGUAGAGAAAGUGAAAUGUUUUCUGGAAGAAAAUUUUAAUGAACAGGAUUCAAGGUUCGGAAAGAAUGAGGCUAAGGAGAAGGUAUGGUUGCACUCAGGCCUGAAGGACACAACAUCUGUCACAAGCAAAAGGACCUCAGCCCUCACAGAGGAUGUCCCAGCUCCUCCUGCCCCAUUUGAUCAUCGAAUUGUGACAGUCAAACAAGCAACAGUCAACAGUUUUUACACCGUGAGCAGGACAGAAAUUUUGGGCCGGGGCCGCUUUGGCCAGGUUCACAAGUGUGAAGAGAAAGCCACGGGUCUGAAACUGGCAGUUAAAAUCAUUAAGACCAGAGGCACCAAGGAUAAGGAUGAAGUGAAGAAUGAAAUCAGCAUCAUGAACCAGCUGGACCACGUGAAUCUCAUUCAGCUCUAUGAUGCCUUUGAGUCUAAGAAUGACAUGGUCCUGGUCAUGGAGUAUGUGGAUGGAGGGGAGCUGUUUGACCGAAUCAUUGAUGAAAACUACAAUCUGACUGAGCUCGAUACCAUCCUGUUCAUCAAGCAGAUCUGCGAGGGGAUCAGGCACAUGCACCAGAUGUACAUCCUCCAUUUGGACCUGAAGCCUGAGAAUAUCCUAUGUGUGAAUCGGAAUACUAAACAAAUAAAAAUUAUUGAUUUUGGAUUGGCCAGAAGAUACAAACUCAGAGAGAAGCUGAGGGUGAACUUUGGCACCCCAGAAUUCCUUGCCCCUGAAGUUGUGAACUAUGACUUUGUCUCCUUCCCUACUGACAUGUGGAGCGUAGGAGUCAUCGCCUACAUGCUGCUUAGUGGUCUGUCCCCUUUCCUGGGUGACAAUGAUACAGAGACACUGAGUAACAUCCUGGCCUGUAGGUGGGACCUGGAGGAUGAAGAAUUUCGGGAUGUCUCAGAGGAGGCCCAGGAGUUCAUCUCCAAGCUCCUGAUUAAGGAGAAGAGUUGGAGGAUAAGUGCGAGUGAAGCUCUGAAGCACCCUUGGUUGUCAGAACACAAGCUGCACUCCAGACUCAGUGCACAGAAGAAGAAGAAUUGCUCCUCUAAUGCCCAGAACCAUGGGACCAAAUAAUCUACGGAAGGAACCCAUUUGAAAGGUUGGUCUCAGGUCUUUUGCUAAAGAGGUGUUUGUACAAGCCUUAGAGAGGGGAACAAGAAAGAACCUGCUAUUUGUUGCACAAACCAUGUGAGGAGCAGGAUAGUGUUUUGGCUAAGGGGGUGAACUCCGAGGUCAGACCAGCUGUGUUUGCUCCCUGGCUCUGCCAGCUCCUAGCUGGGAAACCUCAGGUUCCUGAUCUGUGUAUUGGGAUAAUAAUAGUAUUGG